AUGCAAAGGUCGCCAAUAUCUUUAGUUCGAUAUCCAAACAUGAAAUUAAUAGUAGUCAGUUGUUUGUUGGUGAUUUUCCUGGCGGGAAAACACCAGGCCAGCGCCAAAAGUGUGCUGGGUAACUUGACCAGCGAAGUCGGCCACGAUGCCUCCGAGUUGGGCAAUGAAUUGGGUCAAGAGAUUAUUCAGUAUGGCCAAGAGGCCUCCCAAAGCGGAUUACAUUAUGGACAGGCAGCGGAAAAUGCCUCCUCUGGUUGGCAACUUGGAAUGGAUGGCAACAUUUUUGGCCAUGAAUUGGGAGAUGAGGGCGACCAGUUAGGUCAGGAGGCUUCCAACAGCGCCAUUAACUUUGGCCACCAAGUUUCCCAGGAAGCAGAAGAAGCAGCCAGCGAGGAACUUAAGGCCUUGGCUAAGCAAUCAGCCAACCAAACAUCUAAGAAGUCUGUCAGCAAAAGGUCAACUGCUACUGACAAAGAAAACCCUUCCGUGACCUGUGCUUGCACCUGCUCCAGUGAUGGAGCUGCUGCCAAAGUUGCACAUGAUGUUGCCUCGAGUGCUGCUGGAGCCGCUGGAACAAUUGCUCACGAUGCUGCCGGUGUGGCCUCGAGUGUGGAUGGAAGUGCAGCAAAUGCUGCUGGAACUAUUGCCCAUGAUGCUGGAAAUGUUGCCGGAGAUGUUGCCCAUGCCGCUGGCAAAGUAGCUGGAGAUGCAGCACAUGCUGCCUCCAAAGUAGCUGGAGAUGCAGCCAAUGCUGCUAGCAAAGUUGCCGGAGAUGUUGCCAAUGCUGCUGGAAAUGUAGCUGGAAGUACAGCAAAUGCUGCGAGUAAUGUUGCUGGAGAUGUUGCCAAUGCAGCUGGAAAUGUUGCCGGAGGCGGCAAUGCUGCCACUAAUGUUGCUGGAGAUGUUGCCAAUGCAGCUGGAAAUGUCGCAGGAGAUGCAGCAAAUGCUGCUGGAACUAUUGCUCAUGAUGCUGGAAAUGUUGCCGGAGAUGUAGCAAACGCUGCUGGAAAUGUUGCUGGAGAUGCUGCUAAUGCUGCCAGCAAUGUUGCUGGAGAUGCUGCUAAUGCUGGCGCCAAUGUUGCUGGAGAUGUGGCCAACGCUGCUGGAAAUGUGGCAGGAGAUGCAGCAAAUGCUGCAAGCAAUGUUGCCGGAGAUGUGGCAAAUGCAGCCGGAAACGUAGCUGGUGAUGCAGCAAAUGCUGCUGGAAAUAUAGUACAUGAUGCUGGAAAUGUUGCUGGUGAUGUUGCCAAUGCAGCUGGAAAUGUAGCCGGAGAUGCAGCACAUGCUGCUGGCGAUGUUGCCAAUGCUGCUGGAAACGUAGCAGGAGAUGUUGCCAAUGCAGCUGGAAACGUAGCAGGAGAUGUGGCAAAUGCUGCUGGCGAUGUGGCAAAUGCUGCAGGCCACCUUUUCCACGACUUAUUCUAGAGUACCUCUCUUACUUAUUUA